GAUCGCUUAAAUCUACUUCAAGAAAUCGGUCUAAUUUUUAAAGUGAACAAGAUGCGUGCGGGGCUAUCAGCACUAAUACUACUAUGCCUAUGCGUGAAAUAUGGCACAACAAAUACAACAACAGCACUGCCGACAAAAAGGCGACCUAAUAUAAUAAUUAUAAUGGCCGAUGACAUGGGCUUUGACGAUGUGAGUUUUCGUGGCGGGCGCGAAUUUCUAACUCCCAACAUUGAUGCUUUGGCCUAUCAUGGAAGAGUGCUGGAUCGUCUGUAUGGCCCGGCCAUUUGCACACCCUCGCGUAGCGCACUUCUGAGUGGGAAAUACCCAAUACACACAGGAACCCAGCAUUUUGUAAUUAGCAAUAACUAACCUUGGGCGCUGCCCACAAACAUAACAACUAUGUCUGAAAUAUUUCAAGAAGCCGGUUACUCUACGAAUUUGAUUGGAAAGUGGCAUUUGGGUUUCUCACGUUCCGAAUACACGCCCACACAUCGUGGAUUUGACUAUCAUUAUGGCUAUUGGGGCGGCUUUAUAGACUACUAUCAAAGGCGUGCUCAAAUGCCAAAAAUCAACUCCAGUCUGGGCUACGACUUUAGACGCAACAUGCAGCUGGAGUGCUCGGAUCUGGGUGUGUACGUAACCGAUUUGCUGACAAAUGAAGCGGAGCGCAUCAUCUCUAACCACAGGGGCCAGGAGAAGCCACUCUUCAUGAUUUUAAGUCAUUUAGCGCCGCAUUCGGGCAACAAGGAAGAUCCUCUACAAGCUCCCGAGGAAGAGCUUCGAAAAUUUGCCUACAUCAAAGAUCCCAGUCGACGGAAAUAUGCGGCCAUGGUCUCUCGGCUAGAUCAGAGUGUGGGUCGCGUUAUCAGCACUUUGGCCAGCACUGCUCAACUGGAGAAUAGUAUUGUGAUCUUCUACUCGGACAAUGGAGCACCAACUGUGGGCCUAUUUUCAAACAGCGGUUCCAAUUGGCCAUUACGUGGUCAAAAGAAUACGCCCUGGGAGGGUGGGGUACGUUUGACAGGCGCCAUUUGGAGUCCCUUGUUUGAAGCACGUGGCAGCAUCUUUAGACAACCAAUAUAUGUGGCUGACUGGCUUCCCACAUUGGCGCAUGCGACAGGCAUUACACUCCCGGAGUCUCUUCAAUUGGACGGAAUUAAUUUGUGGCCACAGUUGGCGGGACCCAGCGACUCUCCACAUGUGCCGCGUGAAAUCCUUCAUAGCCUGGACGAUGUGUGGCAUGUAAGUUCGUUGCUGCUGGGCCAGUGGAAGUAUGUUAAUGGCACCACAUCGGCUGGCCAAUACGAUCAAGUGUUAAGUUAUCGCGAGACAUACGAUCUAGAUCCGCGAGAUCGUCGCUAUGUGGUGGAAGUUAGGAAUUCUGUUACUUCGCGGUCGUUGGCGCCAUUCGACAUCCAACGCUUAACGCAGAGACGUGUAGAAAGUCUAAGGAGAGAGGCGACUGUCCAUUGCCCCGAUAUGCAGCGCGGAUGCAAUGCUUUGUUGGAGGAGUGUCUAUACGAUGUAACCGCCGAUCCCUGUGAACGUAACAACUUAGCCUACUCCGAGCCACAUCGGGAGAUUCUACAUGCAUUGCGAGAACGAGUGCAAGAACUACGAUCAAGUGCGUUACCUUAUAGAAAUCUUCCCGGCAUUCCCCAGGCCGAUCCAGGUUGGCACGAGUGUAGUUGGACCAACUUUGAGAAUCAGAACAAGAGCACGGUACGCCUAGAGUGUGAUUAUCAAAGUCUGCCGCCAUGCCGGAUAUAGCCUGAGCAUAGCCCCAAGAUCAUAUUUCCAAUAGACUGCAAUGUCUUGCAAUGGAAAGCAAUCAAAUCUUUAAACUGAUUCCGAAAAUUAAUGUAAGCUUUAAAAAAUAAAUUAAAUUACACAAGAGAAAAAUUUCUUAAGCUAUAAAACUUGUCAACCGAAUUAUAUAAAAAAAAACAGCUUUAAAAAAAUAAAUCGAUCCAUAUACGUUA